CUUUGUUGCGAAGGAAAAAUAUUAAGUGUUGUCAGCCGUACUGUGCUGUCAAGGGGUGCCGAUUGCCUAGGCCAUUCUAAAAUCAAGUAAGAAACAUGCCUAGCAAGUCGAAGAAGUCUAGUGGUGGUAAACUUGGUAAAGGAGAGGAUUUUACUGAAAUUCCAUUAAAUGACAUUGUUGUUAAGACGGGAAAUGUUAGUGCCUUGGAUGACGAUGUGCCAUAUUUGCAAGACAGAAUUGAAGGCUUACCCGAUGGACUUCAGGCAUAUAAGCCCCGGAGUGGCUUACGGAAGUAUAAAAAGACCGCAAAGUCUUUCAUCCCAUAUAGAAAAAAAACAAAGAAUGUCGAGUGCGCGCGGAUCGACAGUGCUGGCUGUUUCUCCGUCAUCACGUACAGCUGGCUAUCGGCGCUCAUCUACCGCAUGUGGAAGUCCAACGACGUUAAGCAGAGCGACCUCUACACCUGCUCAAUCUACGACAACACCAACUCUAACACCGUCAGGUUGGAGCACAGAUGGAACGGGGAGGUGGCUCGUGUAGGUCCACAGAAAGCCUCGUUAGCUCGCGCUGUCUGGGCUUUCUGUCGAACACGAAUACUUGUUGGCCAGGCCUUCUUCAUACUCUGCUGUAUUGUUGGAUUUUUCGGGCCUGCUAUAUUUGUUAGAAAAAUUCUGGAAUAUGCUGAAACGAAGGGCAUGAACUCUACAGUUGGUAGAGGAAUUACCCUUGUCGUUGGUCUCACAGCAUGCGAAGUGGUUCGGAGUCUGAUGUUUGCGGCGACGUGGGCGGUAAACCUGCGUACUGGAGCGCGCAUCCGGGCAGGCAUACUCGGCCUUGUCUUCGAGAAAAUCCUGAGGUUGCGCACACUGGGGGACAAGUCAGCGGGCGAGUUUGUCAACCUCUUCGCUAAUGAUGGAAUACGGAUAUUCGAGGGUGUUACCCUUGGCCCUCUAGUCGUCGGUGGACCCCUGGUUGUGAUGAUGGGACUUGCAUAUGUUGUGUGGUUACUCGGAGGCUGGGGAGCCAUUGGAAUGCUUGUGUUUGUGUUUUUCUACUUUAUUCAGAUGAUAAUCGCAAAAAUUGCAGUGUAUCUACGGCGAAAGAGUAUUGUAGCGACCGACAAGCGGGUUCGUUUAAUGACGGAGGUUUUAACAUAUGUGAAAUUGAUCAAGAUGUAUGCCUGGGAAAGGUCUUUUGCUAAGGCUGUCUCAGGGCUGCGAGUUACUGAGCGAAACUGGUUGCAGCGAGCAGCAUAUCUGCAGAGCAUGGCUGUUGGACUCACACCAAUUGUGCCUAUGGCUGCCGCAGUGGUUACCUUUAUUUCCCACACACUCAGUGGUAACGAUCUUACAGUCUCUCAGGCUUUUACAGUUGUAGCCGUAUAUAAUACAAUGCGCUUCUCCAUCUCCAUCCUCAUCUAUUCGGCUCGCUGCAGUGCCGAAAUGAUUGUAUCUUUCAGACGCAUCAAGACUAUCCUGCUCAUGGAGGAGGUCACACACAAGGUCGUGAAGCCAUCCAAACCUGAGCUGGCCUUGGAAAUAAAGAAUGCAACAUUUUCUUGGGAUGCCCCGACCUCUGUUGGCCCAAGCUCUGUGGCCAACUGUGAAGCCAAUGGGAAAGCUAGCGGCGGAAAGUCACCAAAUAAAGAGAAAUAUGGAAAAGCGAAAUCAAAGAAGGGAGCACCAGUGGAUGUUGUAGAUGAGGAGGAGGAAGAGUUGCAGCAGGCAGCGACCAUGGAAGUGAAACAAGUGGAAGCACUACAAAACAUUGACCUGCAAGUGGAAAAGGGGAGACUAAUCGGCAUCUGUGGCAGUGUUGGGAGUGGCAAGAGCUCACUGCUAAGUGCUGUGCUGGGCCAGAUGCGUAUGAAUGAUGGUACUUUAGGUAUUGAUGGAAGGUUUGCCUAUGUUGCUCAGCAAGCGUGGAUCAUCAAUGCCUCUGUUCGGGAGAACAUCACGUUUGGUGCUGAUUUUGACAGUAAAAGAUAUUAUGAGGCCAUCUAUGCAUCGUGUCUGAAUACCGAUAUUGCAAUGCUGGCCAAUGGAGAUGAGACCGAGGUCGGCGAGCGCGGCGUGAACCUGAGCGGAGGACAGAAGCAGCGCAUCAGUCUCGCGCGCGCGUUUUACACGAACAGCGACAUCUACCUGCUCGACGACCCGCUGAGCUCCGUGGACACUCGCGUCGGCCAGCACAUAUUCAAGCACCUCAUCCGCGGCUCGCUGAAGGGCAAGACGAUUCGUAAGCUGAUGACAGAGGAGGAGAGUGGUACAGGCAGUGUGAAGUGGGUGACGUAUAAGUCGUACAUAGCAGCUGCAGGAGGCUGCUGCGUCUUGUUUGGAGUCGUCACGCUCUUCCUCAUCGUAGUUUGCACCAUAGGCUUCAGCAAUAUCUGGCUAAGCUACUGGCUCAGAGCAGGCAGUGGGGGCGUUAACAUGACGCGGGAGGUGACUGACGGCAACAUGACGUAUGAGGAGACGUACGUCAGCGAGAGCAUCAUGGACAACCCACGCGUUGGCUUCUACCAGCUCGUCUACGGUCUCUCCAUCAUCGCCAUGGUUACAACAGCCUGCUUCAGAAGUGUCAUCUUCAUGAAGGUGUCCCUGAUAGCAUCCAGCAGGCUCCAUGACAUGUUGUUCAUCAAGGUGCUGAGAAGUCCGAUGCGAUUCUUUGACAGUACACCCGUCGGCCGCAUCAUCAACCGCUUUUCCACCGACAUGGAUGAGAUUGAUGUCAGGCUGCCCUACCUCUCUGAGAUGGCACUGAUCACCCUACUGUUCAUCUUUACCGCUCUCUUCCUCAUCGCGGCUGUGUUUCCAUGGUUUCUCAUCGGCGUGAUUCCUCUCUGCCUGGCAUUCUCCAUAGUGAUGAAGUGUUUUCAGACGUCUAUUCGGCAACUGAAGAGACUAGAGAACCUGACUCGUUCUCCCUUGUUCAGCCACGUAACCUCAUCCGUACAAGGCCUGGCAACAAUACAUGCAUACAACAAAGCUAGAGACACCAUAACCAAGUUUAACAGUCUGCUCGACGACCAUACUACUACGUAUUUCCUGUUCCACUGUGCGGCUCGCUGGCUGGCCGUGCGUCUUGAUGUCAUUACACUGAGUGCGACUGUCACCACUGCACUGCUGUGCGUACUGAUGGUUGGAGACCAGGGGGCAGCAUGGUCUGGCCUCGCUCUCACCUACGCGAUGACGCUCAGUGGGAUGUUUCAAUUCACGAUACGUCUGCUAUCAGAGGCUGAGUCACGGUUUACCUGUGUUGAACGAAUUCAUCACUAUAUUCAGCAUCUGGAAUCCGAGAGUUCAACUGAGGUGGAACUCCUGAACCAUGCAGAGAAGAGCUGGCCACAGAACGGCUCGAUCAGGUUCCAGAAGGUGUGUCUGAAGUACAGGGAAGGCCUCCCGCUUGUGCUGAAGGACCUCACGUUAGAGAUCAAAGCUGGAGAGAAGAUUGGAAUCUGCGGCAGGACCGGAGCUGGGAAAUCGUCGUUAGGUACAGCGUUGUUUCGCCUGGUCGAGCUGGAAUCUGGAUAUAUCAGCAUCGACACGGUCGACAUCUCCAAGGUCGGCUUGGAGGACCUGCGAUCACGUAUCGCCAUAAUUCCUCAGGAUCCAGUUCUGUUUGCUGGUACAAUCAGGUACAAUUUGGAUCCAUUCAAUAGUAGUGACGAUGAAAGCUUGUGGGCAGCACUCGAGAAAACGCACAUGAAAGAGAAUAUUAAGAAUCUAGAGCUUCAACUGAAUGCGCCGGUUAUUGAGAAUGGAGAGAACUUCUCGGUGGGCGAACGACAACUUGUGUGCAUGGCACGUGCUCUGCUCAGGAAUAACAAGGUAGCGGUGUCCUAUAUCUCUUGUCAAAUGUUCGUGCACAGUCACAUGAACUUAUCAGUUGCUGAGUUUGACACGCCACAAACUUUGCUCGCUGACAAGAAGUCCCUCUUCAGCUCCAUGGUAGCAUCGGCAGACCAGCAAAUGCGUGCACAGCUGCCAUCAUCACAGAUAUCAGUGAGCCGCUAGUGGACCUGACGACAUUUCGUGUCAACCCCAGUGGUUAUGCGUAUGAUUUGACAACACGGUGCGUGUGUGUAUACAUGUGUGUGUGUAUCAGGAUAUACAUGCAUCGAUGCAGUUGUCGAUUACAACAGGUGCUUCUAUCUGCAGUUCUCUUUUGUUAUGGGGUGAAGUGAAUAGUUGUGAUUAUGUCUGCUCUAUAUUUGCUCUCUGUGUCAAUAGGGUCGCAGAGGAGACGAUAGCAAGCGUGGAGAUAUAGUGAAUCUAGCUACGUGGUUUGUGAUGCUCACGAACGAGUGUGUUCAGUGACAUAUAUACACAGACCAAGUAUAAGCAGGGAGAAAACAAGAGGUGCAAGGAGGCGAGCGUAGCAAAUUUAUCCUACACAUGUCGUUUUACGUUUCGCAUUCACACUGGCCUGCCUCCAUGCGUGUAUAACUAAGUUAAACUCACAAUAUUACCAAUGUGUUGUAACUACCAACAGCUAUUAAUUGGCAGAUAUUUUUCAAUAAACUAUGACUAUGUAUGGCAAUCACGCACAGAAUGAUGCGAUAUUUUAAUUUCAUGUAUAGUUUAAUGUAAAUUUUAGUCACUCGUAUUAAAAGUAAUGCAGCACAUGAAAUCAUUAUGUAAUCGGGGUAAUCGGGGCGUAAUGUAAGGUUUUCGGCCUGUGAUUUGCAUAUUUAUUAGAUUGUUUGUAAUAUUUGUACUGUGAAUAUAUUAUAUAUAUAUACAUAUAUAAGUAUUUUUAGUGCUUCUGACAUUUACCUAUUUUGAUAAUAAAUCUAAGGAGUCAGUAUUUGUGAUGAAGUUUAGCUGCAGUGAUAUGUCUAAUUACUAAUAUGAUGUUCCGCGUAUACGUUAAUAUUUUAAUUUCCUGUAAAAGGACGUUUAAUUUCGUUGCAUGUGCGGUCGUUCACACAGAUUCGACUUGUAUAGUAGCAGCAGCGACAUUUCCAACUGGUGCUGGAGAUUAAAGCAGCGUCCAGAUUGAAAGCGAUUAUAAGCUAGUAUUGUGAAAAACGUUUGAUUGUAACGUUUACGUACGUUGCCGGUGUGCGUGGCGUUUUUUGCCUGUGAGCCCUUGUAUUGCUUAUAUACGUGAGCCUUUAGCAUGUGUCUACUAGAGCUAUUAGCAUAGUAUACAUGUAUCCAUGUGGGCACGUAAGCUACAACAUUUCAUACUAAUUUCGUCUCGAUUUGUCUUGCUAUGAGGGAUUACGAGAUUUCCCAUGAAUCUCAUAUAACACUGGCUGCACUCAUUCGUUUGAUAUUAUUGUAGUAUCGAUGGUCGGGUCAACAAUUCAUUUCAUUCCAGGUGUUAUUAUACAUAAACAUGAACUUAUGUAUACUAGGCGCAUGCAUUGCACACCUAUGUAUUGUUGUUUCGUAGUAUACAUGUAGUAUAAUGAUAUAAACUACGGAUUGUACUCAAAUCACUUACAUUGUGCAAACCUCAUACAACUGUAUAACUGGAGAAGGUAAUCAUACCUGUAGAUAUAUAUGUACCUAUAUAAUAUACGUAGAUAAAUAGGUCAAAUUGUUAGGUUUAUAUUACCGUCCUAUCAAUCUUAGCCACAUUACUCGCGCUCAGUAGGCCUAUACGUGUGCAUCGUAGUGGGCGAUUUGCCCUUGGUUGGUUGACUGCGCGGGGGGGGGUUGAAUUUGGCGAGUUGACCCAUAAGCGAAGAAUACAUAAUUAGUUGCUUUGUAGGUUUCCUAGCUGUGAUCUACCGUACCUUGUUUGUACGUUCACGCAGGCAUCGUAGAUAUUGUGUAGUACAAAGUUGGCGAGUUAAUGAGCUAGUACUUGUCACGCUAUCCGUCAGGUUUCAGGUCGGCACGAAACACGCGAAGUGUGUAGGUGUCGUUAUUCUGUCUACACGAAGCACUCUAGCUGCUGGCGUGACGAUGUUGUGAAAUUCGUGUAUUCUUACAAUAAAUUCCCAGUUUAACGCUCAUUUCUUCACAGCAA